AUGGUUUUCUAUAUAUCACUUUCUUUGUUUCUCUCUUUUUCUGCCUCUCUCUCUCUCUCUCUCUCUCUCUCUCUCUCUCUCUCUUCCACGCUCUCUGCCGUUAUCUUAACCUGUCUAUUCAUUUUUUCUUUUCCCCUGCCUUUAUCUUUUCUCUAUUUCCCCUUUUACAUCAAUCUCAUUCGCUUUUUUCUCUCUUUUUCUAUUUCUUCCGCUACAAACUCGCGAUAUUUCUCUGUUUCUGUUUCUCAUUCUAUUUGUCAUUCACCAUCUUUCUUAUUAUGUCUCUUCUUUCUCACUGACUUUCUCUUUCUACUCUCUUUUCAUUCUAGUUCCUCUUCUUUACCUUUCUCUAUUUCCUUUCUAUUUAUCGUCUACGUUCCAUCUCCUUCUAUUUCCUUGUCUUCUUUCUUUUCUCAUUUGAUUUUUUUUCGUCGAUUCACUAUUGCGUCUUUCCCUUUUAUUACUCUUUAUUUUUCUCUUUCUUUCACUAUAAUUUUCUCAUUCAGUCUCGACUUCUUUUCUUCAUUUCUCUGUUUCUCAUUCAAUUUUUCAUUCUUCAUCCUUCCCAUUCUAUUUAUCUUAAUAUAUCACUUUUAUCAUCGUUUACCAUCUACCAAUCUCAUUCUAUUUCUUCUUCUCUUCCGAGAAGCGCGUUCUUUUUCCUUUUCUCUUCCUAAGUCCUUUUACACGUUUAAUUCUCCUUGCAAAUCGAAUUUUCUUCUCAUUACUCACCUGACUUUUUCAUACUUCUCAUUCAACUGUCUUCCUCCUCUAUUCCGUUUCUAUUUGUUUUCUCCUUCUUUUACUAGUCUUCCUUUUCUCUGCUUACCUCCAUCUUUCAUGACAAUUUUCUUGAUUAUCUUUGUCUUUUCCUUGUUAUUUUAUUUCCAUUUUCUUCAUUAUUUUCUCUUCGUUUCUUUGCCUUUUCUUUUACAUUCCUAUUUCUCUCUUUUCUUCUUUUUCUUUGACUUCUCAGCUUCUCUUUUACUUCUUUUGCGAUUGCACUUUCCUCUUUCCUUCAUUUUCCUAACGAUUUCCAUUUCUAGCUUAGUUUUUUCCCAGUUUGCUAUUUUUCUUGGAUUCUUUUUCUUUCACUCCCCCUUCUUCCCUUUUUACCACUUAGGUAAUACUUUUUCAUACAUUCUUCUAUCUACUUUAAUUUCCUUUCUUUUCAUCUUUCUUUCUUAUUCUUCUUUCUUUUUCAUUGUAUUAGUCAAUAUUUUUCAUCUAUUUCCCUAUCUGUAUUCUUUCUUUUUUCUUUCUUCUUAUUCACGUUUUCUUCAGGAUCUUCUUUUCAUCUUUUUUUCUAAUUUUCUAUACCUCUUUCUCUUCUUCUUCUUCUUCUUCUACUACUACUACUUCUUAUUUUUCUUCUUUUUCACCUUAUUAUUAGCUACAACACCGACAAUUUUUCUCUUUCUUGUUCUCUUUUUUCUUCUUCUUCCAUGA